AUGAAUGAAUUAGCAAAAUUAUUAGACUCCAUGUUAUAAAGAGAGGGUUUGGAAAAUAACGAAUACCUUCUACGUAAUUUAACCCCAAAUUUAUUAAUUCCAUUAUCAUCACUUCAGAAAGUAGAAGCUUUAAUUUAAUAUCAUUCCUUAUAAAUUAUUGAUGUAAUAAAUCUAUAUUUCAUACAGGCUCUAAAUUAAUGUAGAAAUUGUAAAUUACACAAGUAGCAUAUUUAAGUCUUGAUACAACCAAAAACUACAAAUAUUAUUAUUAAUGAUAUUGACUCAAAAAAUUCUGAUUUUAAAGAAUAAUUGAUUGAAAAAUAUCUUAAAAACAUAGAUUAUGAAAUUUAAGUUAAUGGAUAUGUUAAAAUUAUAUUCAAAAACUUUGAUGAUGGUUUAAAUUUGUAGAAUAAGUGCAACAUAUAUACUAAGCAUAUGUAGAACCAGAAAACGUAUUCUAAAGUUUAAUAUAAUCGUUAAAGCGGGGCAAUAAUAUUCUAUAAACUCCUUUAUAAUAUCAAAUUAAAUCACAUUUUAAAUUAUACUUUUUGAAGGGUAAUAUUUUUUUAAAAUAUCAGGUCUUGAUAAUCGUUAACUUUCCUAUAUUAAUUAAAGGUAAUUGCUUCAUUUUACAAAAAUGGAUCCUUAUAGCCACUCUUUCAUAGUUUACAGAUAAAAUUCCUAUAAAAUAAUUGAAAAAUAUAAGAUUAAUUAAAAAAUUCAUAUUAACUUAAAGAAAAGAUAAAUAAUUGGUAAUAAAAUUUAACAUGGAUAACUCCAUAUUAUGCUGUAAAGAGUAAUCCAAUUAAUAUUUUAUUGGAGGAUAUUGUAACUGGACCUUAUGGAACUUUUGACUGUGCUUCUAAAGAAGUAUAAAAAAUAUUAUUGAUUAGGAAAUAAAAAAGGUACUUAAAUUAGGAAUUCCUGGAUCAAAAAUAGUAUUUAGUAAUACAGUAAAAGAGGAGAAAGAUAUUUUCUUUGCAAUAUAAAAUGGUAUUUAGAUUACAUGUGCAGAUACAAUAGAUGAACUUAUAAAAAUUUAAAAUAUAGCACCUGAGAUGAAAAUAUUAUGGAGAUUGUCAAUAGUUGAA